AUGUCUCAUUCUUCACCUGCAAUCCUUGGUACCUUUAAAGUUCCUGAAAUUCACAAUGAACCUAUGAGGAGUUACCCCCCGGGUAGUGAAGAUCGUGCUAAACUAAAGGCUGCACUACACGAACUUAAAGCUGCUGCCCCGAUCGAAAUUCCCGUUUACGUGAAUGGUGAAGAGAUUCGUACUGGUCGAAUCGUUGAACAAAGAAUUCCUUCCGAUCAUAAGACGGUACUAGCCAAAUAUCAUGAAGCUGAUUCAUCAAUUGUAGAAAAAGCCAUUAAAGGUGCUUUGGCAGCCGAAAUUGAUGCAGCUGCUGAAUUGGUAGAUUUCUGGAGAUUCAAUUGUAAAUAUGCUUCUGAAAUUUAUCAACAGCAACCACCAAAAAAUGCUCCUGGUGUUUGGAAUCGUGUAGAAUAUCGUCCAUUGGAAGGUUUCGUAUACGCUAUCUCUCCAUUCAACUUUACUGCAAUUGGUGGCAACCUUCCAAGUGCUCCUGCUUUAAUGGGUAAUGUUAUUCUUUGGAAACCUUCUCCAAAUGCCGCUCUUUCGAAUUGGAUUAUUAUGGAAAUUUUGAAAGAAGCAGGUCUUCCCGAUGGUGUUAUUCAAUUUAUUCCUGGUCAUGCUCAGGAAAUUACUGAUCAAAUAUUGAAAUCUCCUGAUUUCGCCUCUUUACAUUUCACUGGUUCUACUUUUGUAUUUAAAAAGUUAUGGAAAGAGAUUGGUAAUAAUAUUGAUAUUUACAAGUCAUAUCCAAGAAUAGUAGGUGAAACUGGUGGUAAAAAUUUCCACGUUAUUCACGAGUCUGCCAGUGUGAAAAAUGCUGUAAAUCAAACCAUUCGUGGUGCUUUUGAAUAUCAAGGUCAAAAGUGUUCUGCUUGUUCUCGUGCUUAUGUUCCUGAUUCACUAUGGGAUAAUUUCCGUGAAAACUUGCUCAGUGAACUUUCAAAAGUUAAAGUAGGUCCUAUGGAUGAAUUCGGCAACUUUGUGGGGCCAGUCAUACAUGCUGCUUCUUUUGAAAAAAUCAAAGGUUACAUUGAAUGGGCCAAAAGUGAUGCAGAUUGUCAAAUUAUUUCUGGUGGAACUUAUGAUAACUCAAAAGGUUAUUUUGUGGACCCUACCGUGAUUGUCACAAAAAAUCCAAAGAGCAGAACUAUGUGUGAGGAAAUCUUUGGUUCUCACAAUCUAUGUGCGAAUGAAUACGAGCAAAUACUUGAUUUAGCUAAGGAAACUUCUCCGUAUGCUUUAACUGGAUCGAUCUUUGCCAAAGAUCGUUCUGCCAUUUUACUUGGUGAAAGUAAAUUAAGACAUGCUUCCGGUAACUUUUACAUUAAUGACAAAUCUACUGGUGCUAUCGUUGGUCAGCAACCAUUUGGUGGUUCGCGUGCUUCUGGCACUAAUGACAAAGCUGGAAGUCCUGCUUUGGUAAUCAUUGUUGGAAUUUAA